CUCUGAGACAGGCGAUGGCCACGUUAGCCCGGCUGCAAGCUCGGUCCACGAUGAUAGGACAGCAGUACUACUUUAGGAACAGCGUUGUGGAUGUGUUUAGGAAAAAGGAGCAUGAUGCAGCAGUUAAAAUCCAGAGCUGGUUUCGAGGAUGUCAAAUUCGAGCAUAUAUCAGGUAUUUACACAGAGUGGUAAUAGUUAUUCAAAAAUGGUGGAGAGGUUACUUAGGAAGAAAACAAUACCGACUAAUUGUGAAGUUAGCAUAUUAUACUAUGAAGAUGAAUAUCUACAAUGCAAUGGCUGUCAGGAUUCAGAAGCAAUGGAGAGGCUAUAGGAUUCGGAAAUACUGCUUUAAUUAUUUUUAUUUGAAGGCCUACCUGAGAGCUGUUUCAGAGACCAAUGAUACAAUUAGGGAAGCCCUGGAGGAGUUUGCAGAAAUAAAAGAGAGAGAAGCGACGAAGGCCGACCUCGAAAGGAAAGAAAGAGAAAGAGAUUACCGAGCCCGGAAGAUGCAUUACCUCCUCAGCACACAGCAGAUUCCAGGUAUAUACAAUUCGCCGUUCAGAAAGGAACCGGAUCCGUGGGAGCUGAGACUACAAAAGGCAAAGCCUCUAACGCCCCGGAUGCCUCAGGUGAAGCCGAGGCGCUCCAUCCACCUUAGCAGCUGGCUGGCGAGUACCAGUGCGCGGUCCUUUCCGCGCUCCGACGUUCUGCCGCCCAUUGACAGGAAACAGUGUCAGGGACCCUUCCGUGACAUCGCUGAAGUAUUGAAACAACGCUACAAGCCUUUGGAGCCAACUUUGCGGAUGGAAGAACCAAUCAGCGAGUUGAAAGAGGCCAGAGAGGACUUCAGAAGACAGGAACGGACCAAAAACAUUCAUGACAAUAUGUUUUUGCCGUUUUCUUCCUACCAUAAGAACAAAAAGUACAUCCCAUCGAUACAUUUAUCAAGCAAGUAUGGUCCCGAGUCUUACGGACAUCAACAUUUCAGAGAUGAAAAUCCUAACAAAUGGAUCUGCGACAAGGAUUUCCAGACUGUACUGCCAGCAUUUGACCUCUUCUCAAAGUAUGGAAAACUAUAUUCAAAGGCUGGACAAAUUUUAUGAAG